AUGGUGAUGAGGCAAAUGAGUAAACAACAUCGACGAGUUUACUCUCUUCAUCCCAUCAAAUUGGCACGUUCUGUGUUUGCAAGAAAAUAUCUAAGUCACUUAUUGCCGGCUCUGAAGAAGAUGUUUGAAGAAAACACCAUUUCCUCAUCGAACAAAAAUGUUGAUGAAGACUACUCUAACUCUAAGUUAGAGAAACUUGUUGGGUACCAAGUGAACAUGGCAAUGGUAUUCUCUGCCUCAACUUAUCAGUUUGCAUGGAGCCGUGCCUUGAAACAACAGCUCCAAACAAGACAUGUACUCAUAUAUGGUGAGGGAUUAUUGCCACGUCAUCAUGUUCCUAAGCCCUUGAACUUUCUCCCAAAUCUCAGUGUUAGUGCCAGCAAGAUGAAGAGGUACUCGAAUCAUAAUAUGUCUAAUAAGGUCAGGCCACAUUUUCUGAAAAGAAAUUUAGCCAUGAAUGGAAAGACAAAGAAAAGCAAAGAGGCAGAGAUUAUUGAGAGGAAGUUGACAUCUCUAAGACGGCUCUUACCGGGUGGGAAUGAGAUGGGUGAAGAAAAUGAAUUGUUGGCAGAAGUAGGAAGCUACAUUUCUUGUCUCCAGCUACAGGUGAACAUUCUUAGGUGUCUAGUGGAAACUGAUCAGUUGAUUGAUUAA